AUGGAUGAAGGACUGAGACAUGGAAGGAUGUGUCCAGUGUUGAAGACUGAGCAAAAGAUGCCUCCUUCUCCAAGACAAGCCAUUCUGGCCAAACACUGGGAAUCUGGGGAGUCCGACACAGAGAGCUUGGCCCAAGAGAAAGCCUACCAACAGCAGCUACAAAUGCGUAUUGACAGUGAUCAAAACAAAUACGCACUGCCUCAAGAGGAGAGUUCUGGUAGCUUCCAGCAGGGAGAUGGACAGUAUGGAGAUGUAAAUGAUGAUGAAACUGGAGAUCUUCAAGUUUAUGAUAGUCUAGAAGUUGCAUCAAACCCCCAUGCCAAGAGGAACCCCACCCUCGUACAGACUGAAUAUUUGGAUACACAAAUGGAUGAAAGAGAAGGAAGCUGUCUUCUCUCUGAUGAUGCCUAUUCUGACCUGCGCUAUGACCCCAACUGGAGGACCAACCUGACGGGAAACAGCCGCUUCAAUGAGAGUCCACAGAGUUCUGUUGAGGAAUAUCACCAGCUCCCUGAAGAGAAAUCUACUCAGUCUUAUGGUGACAGACAGAGACUGGAAGUAAAAGGAGGAUACAGAUACAUCACUGACACGAGUCCAGCUGUUAUGGUGACUUCUCACUUGGCUGCCAAGGAGUCUGACCAGCCGUAUCACCUACACCCACAAGAUGGCCAGACUAGCUCAGUAACAUCUCCCCAUGGUCACAAACACGCUUCACAACAUAUAUCACCCGAAGCUGACCUUUCAAGGUCACCUAGGAUUUCUACUAAAAAUGACAGUGACAACAGUUUAUACAGAGAAUCCAGAAAGAAGGGCGAGAAUAGCUGUGUGUCUCCUAAGCUGACAAAGGAGAUGAAUGCUACAGGACUUCAGACCUACUACCAGCAAAAACCAGGAUGCACACAAGGAGGACCCAUCCAGAAAAUAAGCACAUCCACACUGAACAGUCCUAAGGGUUUAUCAAAUAAAAAACUACAAAGACAGAUGGACAUAGUGGAACGCAACAAAAUAACCCUGGGGUGCAGCACAUCCCCAGGUGGUUCCUAUGUGAAGGUGCAUGCACUUAAACAGGAGAUGCCCCUUGCUGAGAAUGAGGUGCAUGAGACUGGUAAGGAGACGGCCUCUGCAGAGACUCAGGAGGACCCCGAGCUGAGGUGGCUCCAGAGAACACAACAGUUGCGGGUCACCCAUCUCAGCAUGAAGAAGAAAUCCCAGCAGAAAGAAUACCCCAACCCCUCUCGACAGCCGCAGCCCCCUGCCCUGGCGGUCGAAGCUGAGCAGGGAGACUGUUUGAGCUCCCCAUUAGCAAGACCAGCCGCUGUAACUCAGCCAAAACCUCAGAAGACGACUUCAUCCCAGCCUUUGCCCCCCACCAUCCACCUCAACAUCAGCCUCAGCACUUCAUCCCAUCUUCUUUCAUUACUCCAGCAGAAGGGCCAGGAUGCCAUCAUCGACUUAGCAUCUCUUCAUGGUCGUCCUCGUUGGAGCCCCACAUCUCAAGUUCAGCUUGCCUUGUCCCCAGCGUAUCAGCAAACAAAUCCAGGAAAGUCCUUCCGCAUGCCGCAGGAAGGGCUAAAUGCACAACUUCACCAACCAACCACCAACCUGCAGAGUAUCCCUGAACAAUGGCAAAGGACAGCUGCAUUAUCCUAUGAAGGAGAGGACCAGACUUGGAGUUCAAAUGAGGUUCAUACUAAACAGUUUUCGCAAAACCUCCCCAGGACACCCACCACUGCUUCGUCUCAGGGCCUGGGCUCAUACACAGUUCUUCCACCUAUAGAAAGGCCACUAACAGGAAAAGAAUCUAACAUGAGCUCUGGUCAGAGUGUGAACACAGCCUACCCCAUCCACAGAAGCAGCUCUGACAGCUACCUGGUUCAGAUGGAGAAACAGAAGCAGCUGAGGGCGAAAGCUACUUGUAAGACAUACAAGCAGCUGAAGACAGAUAUAAAUCUGCGAGGCCUGCAUCCUGACUACACAGCCAUGGAAAAGACAAAAAUGAAACGACAGAAGCUGUAUUCAAAUGUGAUCCGCGAGCAGAACAAAAAGAUAAAUAGGAAUCCCUUUCGACCAGCCAAGGACCUGGAAGGCAGUGACAAGACAGUUCCCAGGAUGAAGGCCUUGGAAUAUGCAAAGACCAUAGCCAAACCCCCUGUACAGCCUCCACCAAAACAGAGGAUGAAACAGCAGUCUGAAGGCUUCACUGAGGGCGCUGCGUACUGUCUGGGCAUGGAUGUGAACCAGCUGACCAGACUGGAUCUCCUCAGAAAACGGCAUGAAGAAGAAAAGCAGGCUGUGGCCCUCUUCAGAAAAGUACACGCAGUCUGA